GAUAGCUAACGAAGACGACGACAUCGCUGAUGGAAGCAUUGUGCUAAACAUUUUGCCAUACAUCUAUAUAAAGCAUCAGACCACGAUUUAUCGCAGGUCAUUUGUGUUGCGAAUUCCAAAUCCGGCGGUAAUUGUAGUGUCCUCGUCACUAUCAGUUUAAUAUUUUCGAACGAAGUUUAGAAAAGGUGGCGGUAUUCGCUCAGAAGAAAGAUCUCCGUUAGUAGUGUACGUGCAACGGUAGAACCUUUGGAAUGUCUUCACCGAUUUUGAAUGUUAUCCUGUUUGCGUUUUUAUGUGCAUUGAUACUACAACUCCAUGGAGUCCCGGUUCCUUUCGACAAGGACAGUUCCCCUGAAGCGUUGGGUUCUUACUUUGGACCAACGGAUUCAGAAAAUAAUAUUGAAUCGAAUGAAACGGAUUCGGUAAACGGAACGCACCAGGAACUUUAUGUGGUAAAAGCUAUAGUCUAUGAAGUUGGCAUAUUAGUUAACGUACCCGACAACGAAACAGAAGACUACCCAAGCAGUGAACAACAAGUGGAUUUAACAUUCUUCAGUUCCUCAUCGAACAAGACUCACAUAAACCUGGGUAAUAUUCCGCUCCCGGUGGCGACCAGCGUGAACGGGCAAGUAUUAACUGGUAUCGCACCAGUUCAAAUCGGAGCCGUUUCCGAUUUGAGUGAUAUCCUACAAACCCUUCCGUUCACGGGAGCGAUAGUGAAUAUAACGCAAACCAACACCUCCUAUAUCGAGUUAUCGAAGCAGAAUAUCAGCAGCCUUAGCGAUACUGCUAGUGUUGUAAGUGUGUCAGAUUUGGCAAAGCUACCGCCUGUGAAAUCAUCAAUUAGUCAUCCACUAAUACCAACGUCGCUGGAUCAGACGAUCAGUAAUCUGGCAGCCAGUGCCACGGUGUAGACUAGGAUGAUCGACAAGCAAUUCUGAGAUUUGAGCAUAGAUAACAAAAGUCACACAUCACCGACGUCUAUUUGUUCGGAUAAUUACGAUAAGUGUGUGAUCUUUUUUUGCCGUUGUUUUGGUUCGCGUAAGAAAUAAACACUGACGAGGGAUGUUUUUCGCUAUA